AUGAAGAAGAAAUUUACAAAUAUUUAAAAUAUAGAAUCGAAUAACUAAGCAUAUCGAUAAGCUAUCCUUUAGUCUCUUUCUAAAUUGAAUGAUCAACACACUGUAAAGACAGGAUUAGAGGAGUUAAAGGAUAUUUUAACAAAUUAUGCUACAGAUAAUGAUAGAAUUUUAAUAGCGAUUCUUGCAAUUUAAGAAUCAAAUACUGGGGGAUAGAAGAUGUCUACUAAAAGAGAGUUUAUUAAAUUAAUUGGGUUAUUAGCAUAGAUUUUUGAAGAAAAGAUAUUGGAUUAUUUGCCUAGAAUUUUAGCAAUUUUGAAUAAAAAAAUUAAAGAAUGCGAUUCCUCUCUGUAAGGAGUCGUUUCAGAAACGUUUGGGUAAUUGAUUGAGUAUUCGCUGAGAAAGGUAGAUCCUUAGGUUGGUUUAAGGUAUUUGUAAUAAACUGUAAAGGUAAUUUAACAGAACUUCUCUCACAACUCAGCUACUAUUUAAUAAGUUGCUGCAAUGUCUUUAUAGAAAAUUAUUUAAAGUGCACCUCCUCUUUGCAUGAUUGAUAUGAAGGAAGAAAUUAUUGGAGUCAUAUUAGAUUAAUUAAGAACAAAUAAAUAAGUUAAUUCUAAUUUGUUGGAUAGUUUAUUAGCUUUAAUUAUGGGAAUAGAAGAUUAAUUCAGACCUUUUGUACCUGCAACAAUACCUGUCCUUGUUGAACAUGCUAAUCAUUCAGUCUGGAAUGUAAGAAAAAUAGCAGUUGAUGUUAUAUACACUCUUUGUGUUUUUAUGUGUGAUUCUUUAGAGCCUUUUAUCGAAUAAAUAGUAGAAAGUCUCAGCAAUUGUCGUUUUGAUAAAAUAAAACAUGUCAGAGAUUCUGCUACUGUUGCACUAAAUACAAUCAAAGAGAAAUUGGGACCUUAGUAUGUUGAGAAAAUUAAUUAAUAAAUAGAGAAAAAGCCAGUACCCUCUUCAUUUCAUCCACCAACUAAAAAAGUGAACAUAAACAAUCAGCAAUAGCACAACAAAUAGAAGCCUUAAAACCUUUCAAACGAAAAUAUAAUUAUACCCAAUGAGAGUUCUUUUAGGGAAAAUCCUCAUAAAAAUAACUAGUUUAAGACAAAAUAGGAAGUUGAACGCAAUUCUGCAAGUAAAAGAGGAAAGUCAUAAGAUAAUAAUAAUUAGUCUCAUAAGAAUUAGCCAAAGGUUCAUCAAGCCUUGAAUAAAAAGUCAAUAAAUCCUGAAUUUCUCAAAAAUGCAGUUAAAGGAGAUGUCGAAAUAAAGGAAGGUAAAAAAACACCACUUAAAUCCAGAAAUGUUGGAGAACAAGCCUAGUAAUAAUAAGUGAAUGAAUAAGAGUAACAGAUUAAAACAAAUUAAGAUUUCGAAUAAUGGGAUAUGUACUAAAAGUAAAGACAAUAAUAAAUGCUUGCAGAAUAUGAUGAAGGAGGCUAGGCUGACGAAGAAUUUGAAGAAGGAGAAGAAGAAGAAUAAAGUUCAAAUGCAAAUUAUUAAAAGGAAAAGAGAAAAAUCAAAAAGGCAAAUUUAUAACUUGAAGAUAUCCAUGACUAAUAAAAUGAAUAGUUUGACAAUGAUAUACAAAUAUUUGUAUCAGGAUCGCCUCCUUCUAAAGCAGAAAGAUAGAGACAGUACUAGAAUAUGAUAAAUGAGUAGUAGAAAAAACAGCAUAAACCACAAAUUAUUUAAUAUAAUGAUAAGCACAAACAUCACGUCCAUCAAGAUAACUAUAGAGAAUCGAUGGGAUAGCAAGUUUACUAAAGCCCUAACCAUGAAGUUUAGAGUAAAAGCAGCCCAGAUAGGUAUAAUAGUGGCAAAUCUCAUAGACAUUAGUAAAUUAUAGAUUAAGAGAGAUAGAAUGCUCAUUAAAUUCAAAGAAAUAUUUAGAAAAUGCAGUAAGGACAUAAGAGUUUAAAUGAUUCAUUAGUUGUUAAUUAGUUGGCAUAAAUUGAGGAGAAUUAAGCUAGGAUUUUUGAGAGAUUAGAUUUUAUUGAAAAUGAUAUGAAAAUAGAAUAGCAUCACUUACAUUAAAGAAUUGGAUUUUUAGAAGACACCCUUGAGAAACUAUACUAAGCUCAGGCUUAAAAUUAACAACUAAAUUAGUAAUUUAUGAAUUAUCGCUAUUAGAUGCUUCAAUUCAAUUAGCAGUAACAACAGUAAUAACUACUCAAGAAUCUAUAUGCUAUACAGCAAACCCCAGUAGUAAAUGGUUUCUUCCCUGGGAAUACCUUAGACCCAGCUACAGCUUAGUUCAUGUAAGCCUAGUAGGAACUUUUGAAUUAAUAGUAAUAACAGCUUUUCCCAUUUGCUAAUUUUAAUCAAGCUAAGAGUAACUACAUGCAAACUGCAUAAUUUAACUCUCAGCAAAGUGAAUAGUAAUCAAAAAAUGAUGAUAAUAAGCACAGAAAACAUAAUCCUUCUCCUUAAAAAAAUAUUGAUUCUUUACAGUCUCCUCCAAAUGCCAACAGCUAAGGCUCAAAUAUUAUUCAUAAUCAUCAUAAUAACUAUUCUUAAUAACUCCAUUAAGGAGAUGAUCUAGAACAUGAAAGAGCUGCAAAUUACUAAGAAGCAAUAAAAAAUAAAAAGAAAAUCAAUAAAGACCAUCUUUUCGAAUAGCAAAAUGUAGAAAUUUAAAAUCAAAAGAAAAAAUAAGAAUAAUCUCCUCCAAAAAAUGCAAGUUUACCAAAAUAAACCUCUCCAGGCAAAAAGAAAAGCCCUUAAAAAUAAGGCUAAGAAUAGCAAGCACAUCUAGAGUCAAAUGUGAUAGAAAAAAUAAAUAAAUCGAUUUCAGAAGAUAAACUUAAUGAAGCAUAUGGUUUAGCUUUGACUUCUAACGAUGAUGAGAUUCUUUUUGAAGUUAUGAAAUCUACAAAGGUAUGCACAAAUAGACUGGAUGAUAUUCAUAUUGAGUUUCUAUUUAGUAAAUUUAAAGGAUACUUAGAAAAGCUUAAGAAUGUUAAUGAGAUUUUAAACUGGAUAAAUGUGUCAUUAGAACAAAAAAUACCAAUAAGUGAAAAUAUCAAAUAAUCGCUAAGGGAGAGUUUAAAGAAAAUGAUUGAUAACAGUAUGGAUAAAAAAGAUGGAGUUUUGUAAAGUAGAGAUCACCACACAGCACUUAAGUUAAUAAACUAAUUAGAGUAACACCCUGGAGUUUACAAUACAUAACAGAAGUCUUUUACUUAAAUAUCUUCUUCAAAUAAUAUAAAUACUGUUAAUAUUUAGCCUAAUGCAUAAACUUAAUUUGCAAAAGCUAAUUCUAAUAACAAUAUAUCUUCCCUAAACUCUGCAAAAGAUUUAGGUUUUUUGAAAGAUGACUAAAAGGCAUCUUUAUCCUUACAACAAAAUGAAUAUUUGAUAGGAAUUAAAGAUAAUCAAUACAAAGUUAAUUCUGCAAAUUAAAAUUUUCCAGCUGCACAGUAAUAAAAUCCUAUUUAAAAUUAAAACAGCUAUUAAAAUACAUUCCCUUCUUCUACAACUUCAAACUAACAAGUGUAGUAGUACCAAUUCACAAAUCCUGAAAUUAAGAGGACUCUCGACUUUGGUUCACCAAGUGUAAAUGAAAGCACGUUACCUUACAAUAAUUAUUUGGAUAAACCAAUAGGAAAUAUAGGGUAACAAUAGCAUACUCAAUCAAAUAAUUUAGAUUACCUUAAUUCAAAUAAUUUUAGUAAAAAUGUUUCCUUAAAUAAUUAACCUACAAAUUUAAGUAGCAAUCCUUAUUAAAAUAGUGCAGUUGCAAGCAGUAGUUUGGGUUUUGGUAACAAUUUAGCUUCAUAAGCAAACAAUAGUCUAGGGUUUGGAAAUAAUCCCUCCACUGUUUCAGUCACUAGCACUCAAUAUAAUACAAACUAGUAUUCAAGUAGUUUAAAUCCUUAAAUCAGCAGCUUAAACCCAUAAAAUACUUUCAAUACUAAGACGAGUGAGCAAAUAGUUUCCACUCAACCAUACACUUUUGAAUAGAGAUAAUACUACUGA